CGUCUUGAUGUGGUGUGUUAUUCUUCCUCUGGUGCAGGAGACGAAUGAAAUCGUGGCCAUUAAGAAGUUCAAGGACAGUGAGGAGAAUGAGGAGGUGAAGGAGACCACCAUGCGUGAGCUGAAGAUGCUCCGGACGCUGAAGCAGGAGAACAUCGUGGAGCUGAAGGAGGCGUUCCGGCGGCGGGGCAAACUCUACCUGGUGUUCGAGUACGUGGAGAAGAACAUGCUGGAGCUGCUGGAGGACAUGCCGAACGGAGCUGCGCCUGACAAGGUCCGGACGUACAUCUACCAGCUGAUCAAAGCCAUUCACUGGUGCCAUAAGAACGACAUCGUACACAGAGAUAUCAAGCCGGAGAAUCUCCUCAUCAGCUCUGAUGACGUGCUCAAACUGUGCGACUUCGGUUUUGCGCGGGAUCUUUCUGAAGGAACCGAUGCGAACUACACUGAGUAUGUGGCGACCCGAUGGUACCGCUCCCCAGAACUGCUGCUGGGGGCGCCGUACGGGAAGGCGGUGGACAUGUGGUCGGUGGGGUGUAUUCUGGGCGAGCUGAGUGACGGUCAGCCCUUGUUUCCGGGUGAGAGUGAGAUUGACCAGCUCUUCACCAUCCAGAAGGUCCUGGGACCCCUGCCGCCCGAACAGAUGAAGCUCUUCUACAGCAACCCACGGUUCCACGGGCUACGGUUUCCCUCAGUGAGCCAUCCACAGACACUGGAGAGACGAUACCUCGGGAUCAUCAGUCCAGUCCUGCUCGACCUCAUGAAGAACCUGUUGUUUUUGUACCCGAACGAGCGCUAUCUGACAGAACAGAGUCUGAACCAUCACGCCUUCCAGACUCAGCGCCUGACGGAGCGUCCCAGCCCGCUCACACCCACACCCAUCCGCUCCUCCAAGAGGAAGCCCCUUCUGGACAACAGCGCCCCCAGCAGGGGUCACAUUAUCAAGAGUUCAAGUCACCAUCGCUCAAACAGUCGUGACUGCUCCAGUCUGCCCCGUCAUGGGCACGAAGACCUCCACCCUCCCAGCUCCGAGACGUUCCUGAACGGGUCGGUCCAGUCCGCCAACAGCCUGAGCCCAGUCAUGCACCCUAAAUCCUUCCAGCCGCUCAACCGCUCGGCGUCGUGUGGGAAAGACCUCCAGCAUGCUAAAGAGGCCAAAUCAAAAUCGGGCGAUUUUGACUUUGGCAAACCAGCAGACGGUCCCGGCGCCAAAUACCUGAAAUCGAACACGCCCCGUUCCCAGAACCGCCAUUCCUUUGUGGAGGGCAAGACCGGCACGCUCACGGGCGACCGGGAGAAACAGAGCCGUCACGGAUACGGUGAAUCGAACGCGUCGUCAUCCUCCGCCGGAAAGGGGUCGUCCUCAUACUUGAGUUUGUCUAAGAGUCACGGAGUGCUUAGUGACGCCAAAUCCGUGAGUAACCUCAGCGAUAUGCGACUACACCCGGACGACCCAUCCGGAUCGCCCCGCUACUUCCCCAGCAGCUGCUUGGAUCUUAACAUGAACCUGAACUUGGCGGCUCCGGGAAGCCCGUCAAUGCAACACGGGGGACACAGUCCCGCUGUGGGACGUCGAAGCAAACUGGACCGGGACGGAAGCACGGUUGAGCCGUCCAGCCGGCGCUCCUCGUCACGGCAAAAGAGCGACGGGAACCCUGUGGAUCCGCUCGACCCCGGAGCGGGACUGUCUCUAUCGGCUCCACAGGAGUUCCCCUACGGCGUGGGCUACACCAGCCCGUUCUCCUCGCAGCAGCGCCCGCACAGGCACUCGAUGUACGUGAGGAGGGAACGAGGGCGUCCCCAUGGGGGUGAGGCGGGCGGAUUGGUGGUGGGACAGGGGAUGCCCAACAGGGCCAGUAGUUUACAGCUACUGACCCCUCAGCUACAGCACCGGACCCUACCGAGACACAUGGGCAGCGCCGUGUCACGGGACGCAGGGUUAGACGACAUUAGGAGCGACCCGGCGGCCGCAGAGGUCAGUCACACGCGACCUUUAAUCCGGGAGUCCACACGGGACAACACCACCAGCUUUCACACACCACGGCAAAAAAGCGAGGGAGGAGUGUAUCACGAGCAACUCGCGGAUGACAGCGGAUCCGCCAAAGAGAACCGCAUGAUGUACGGCGAAUCUGUGCCGAGACGGGUCGGGAGCUUCUACAGGGUGCCGUCACCCAGACCUGAUAACUCGUUCCACGAGAGUUCAGGGGUCACGAUAGACAACAGCCACAACAUACACCAACCGACCUAUGACCCCUGGACGGGGUCUGAGACGCUGGACGUGAGCCCUCCUGAACCCACCAAAGAGAAAGAGAAACAAGGCUUCUUCAGAUCCAUGAAGAAGAAGAAGAAGAAGCCACAAACCACAGACACUGAAGAGCAAGUUCCAGUCAUGAGAAAAGCCCUCUUUCCUCUUUUUCACUCUCAGAGGAGCUUCACGAGGAGCUCCUCUGAGAGAGUGCGUCCCCUAGUGGCCACACCCAUGGUGCCGAGCGACGGCCCGGAUCCGGUGCUGAUACAGAAGUCGUCGCGCUCGUACGGACACCAGGGCAGCAGACAUCGCACUCGCAGCCGGGACCGGGAACGCAGCCGGGAGAGAGAGAGAGAGCAGGAUCAGGAGCGAGAGCGAGAGCGGGACGCUGACUGGCCUAUAGAGAGGACACCGGACACACACUCUCAGCCUCUGAGGUCGUUGCGGAAGCUUCUUCAUCUCACCACCUCCUCCUCCUCCUCCUCCAACCAGACCUCAGCAGAUCUCCACUACCCUCCUCAGUCCUCCUCUAAACCCGGGAGCUUCAUGCAGGCCAAGAGUCGGCAGGCCUCGUACGCGUCGGCCCCGGGGCCCCUGGAGUCCGGCUGGCACUCCAGCGCUCUGGGCCGUCCCGAGGGAAACCCGUAUCCCGAGCAGCUCACCUCCAAACCGGGCUUCGCUCGACACUUUCGCUCGCGUUUGCCAAACCUGAAUGACCUUAAAGAGACUGCGCUGUGAACGGCGCCCCCUAAUGGACCUUUUCUUCUGAUGUAUUAAAGAGACAGUUCACCCAAAAAUGAAAAUUAGCCCGUGAUUUACUCACCCUUAAGUCAUCCUAGGUG